AUGCCGCCUAAGCACUGUGCCCCUGCAAAAGCUUCCUCUAGUGAAGCCAAGAGGAAGAAGAUGAUGACCAUUAGUGAGAAAGUGAAACUUUUGGACAUGCUCAAAGAGGGCAGAAGUUAUGUCUCUGUGGCACGCCAUUAUGGCAUGAAUGAAUCUACAAUGUGGUACAUCAAGAAAGACAAAGCAAAUAUCCGCAAAACUGCUUCCAUAACCUUCAAUAAGGGAGCGAAAUGUAAGGUAACUCCGCGUAAUGAGAGAAUUGUGAAAAUGGAAGCUGCAUUGGCAUUGUGGAUUGCUGAUAGCAGGAAAAAGACAGUGAGUUUGGACACUAAUAUGAUCAGGACAAAAGCCAAAGCUCUCUACGACCAAAUCUUGCCUGAUGACGACAAUGAAGAGGCUGAAGUAGGUGCUGACGAACCUGACAAACCUCAAGCCAGUAACACUGCCAGGAAGGAAGAGUUUCCUAACCUCAUCAGUGAGGAAAGCUACCUCCCUGAGCAAGUUUUUAACAUGGAUGAAACAGGCCUUUUCUGGAAGAUGAUGCCUUCGCGUACAUUCCUCUUCAAAGACGAAGUGAAGAGGCCAGGCUUCAAGCUCCACAAGGACCAUGUGACUCUCAUCAUGUGUGGCAAUGCUGCAGCCGAUGGAUCAAGGUGUCGUUCGUGCCUUUAA